CUGAGUGCAGAGCAGGGAAGACAGAAAAAUGGCCCUCGACAAUUUGAUUUUCGCCCAGUGCAUCCUUUAUUUUUUAGCUUUCGUUUUCGGUUUUAUCGCCGUGGUGCCUCUGUCUGAAAACACGGAGGAUUUCGGGGGGAAAUGCCUGCUGUUCACGCGGGGUAUGUGGCAAAAUGAAAACAUCACUGUGAUGAAGCAGCGCUUCAUCGUGGAGGAGUGGGGACCUGAGUCCUCCUGCAGCUUCAUCACUUUUGUCGGGAUAGCGUCCCUCAUCCUGUCCGCAGUGCAGGCUUGGAGGCUGCUGUUCUUUCUGUGCAAAGGACACGACGACUCCAUCUUCAAUGCCUUCCUCAACCUGCUCAUUAGCUCCCUGGUGGUGUUCACAGUCUUCCUGUCCAGCACCAUCGUUAGUGUGGGCUUUAACCUGUGGUGUGACGCCAUCACUGAGGGUGGGACUAUGCCUAGCAGCUGUGAAGACAUGCAGGACACUGAUCUAGAACUGGGUCUGGACAACUCUGCUUUCUAUGACCAGUUUGCUAUAGCUCAGUUUGGGCUGUGGGCCGCCUGGCUCACCUGGCUCGGGAUCACUGUGAUGGCUUUUCUGAAGGUCUACCACAACUACAGACAAGAGGACCUGCUCGACACCCUGAUCCAUGAGAAGGAAUUGCUGCUCGGCCGCUCUUCACGCCGCGGCUCUGACCUCAAGACCGGCCUGAUUUAGAAAUCAGGAAGACGCACAAACAUACACGUUCAUUCACAGUUAACCAUAUAGAACCAUGUAGUCCUCUUGCCUGCCGUGACCAACACCAGUAUUCGCCUGUGUAGACAAUCAAAAUCAAUUGGCUUUUGCUCCCACGAAGAUGAAUUGAAUCAAAUCGACAAUUUUAGCUCUGUUUUCCAGAAGUAACUGAAAAUAAAAUCUACAGAUGGUUGUUAACCUUUCCUGUGCUAUAUUGAGAUAAUCCAUCCCUUAUUCAACCCCAGCCCAGAUUUGAUAGUAUUAAAACUUUUUUUUCAACAAAAAAAAAUACAUCUUUUAUCAAAUAUACGUUCUUGUUUAGUAAAAACAGUAUUAAUGGUUUGGAGAGUUUGGCCAGUGGAUCUUGUCCUUGUGAAAUUUCUGCAUGGAUCUAAAGCAUGUAAAAUUUCUCGGGUGCUUUUUAGACAUAAAGGAGUUUUUUUUUUCUUCACCAAUAAAUGUGUUCCUAACUUAGGCUUCUUUUUUUCCUGCCAGUAUCCACAGUGCAUCUCGGCAAAGUGAGAACUGCAUGCUCCAGCAAAGUUAAACGGUGUGUGCGUUUGCAGCAUCUUUACACAUUUAUCAGCAGCUACAAAAGGCGUUUUAUAAAAAAAAAGAAAAAAAAAAGACAAAUUGCAGCUCUACACAUUCGUGCAUUUGGCAGGCAGUCUAAAAGGCUUUUAGCAAUCUGUGUGAGAUAAGAAAACAGAUCCUAUCUUGUGCCAUUUAGCAACUCAGGCUUCUUCUGC